UCAUUAACGUUUCGCUUGGCUAAGUGCGCACCUCGUCACUGAAACCAGUUAGCAAAAGAAAUUUUUGUUCAAGCUUAAACCGAUAUCUACGUCACUAUUCGAUCAUUUCGAAUGCAAAUUAUUCCCAGAUUAAUAAACUAGGUCGCCAUCCGUGGCGCUGCCGCCGGGCUGCGGACCCGUACUUUCGACGGAAAAUAUCGGGACCAUUUUCAUAAAUCAUUUAUGAUACACUGUUAAAACACUCCAACGCUUUCAAUCGUGCAUACCCAAAACAAAACUCAUAAAGUGAAAGUUCAUAUCCUGGCAAGUAAAAAGUGAUAAAUGUUAAACAGUCUGAAGUGAUAGUCUGGAGUUUGAUUACCAGGUGAAGAAGAUUAUGUAUAGGAUGUACAAAGUUGGCAACGAAACCCCCCUUCUAACAACAAUGAAAAAGGGAGUACUCCUAAUUUCUCACUUCCAAUAAUAAACAUACGCACAUUUUCACCGAAGUCUCCAACGCCGCAUUAAAAAUAAUUAAUUAUGAUGCUAACAACUGAACACAUAAUGCAUGGGCAUCCCCACUCGUCGGUCGGGCAAAGUACUCUAUUUGGGUGCUCCACUGCGGGCCAUAGCGGAAUAAAUCAGCUGGGCGGAGUAUAUGUUAAUGGCCGGCCACUGCCCGAUUCAACGCGUCAAAAAAUUGUCGAAUUGGCUCACUCCGGCGCACGUCCUUGUGAUAUUUCAAGAAUACUCCAAGUGUCCAACGGUUGCGUAAGCAAAAUUUUGGGCAGAUAUUAUGAAACAGGAUCGAUAAAACCUCGAGCUAUAGGUGGUUCAAAACCACGAGUAGCUACAACCCCGGUCGUACAAAAAAUUGCAGAUUACAAACGGGAAUGUCCCAGCAUAUUUGCGUGGGAAAUACGAGAUCGACUGCUAUCGGAACAAGUUUGCAAUAGUGAUAACAUUCCAAGUGUUUCAUCUAUUAAUCGAGUCUUACGAAACCUGGCUUCACAAAAGGAGCAGCAAGCUCAACAACAAAACGAAUCCGUUUAUGAAAAGCUUCGCAUGUUUAAUGGCCAAACGGGCGGAUGGGCAUGGUAUCCAAGCAAUACAACGACGGCACAUUUGACGCUACCACCAGCAGCUUCCGUAGUGACAUCUCCUGCAAAUUUAUCAGGGCAGGCCGAUCGGGAUGAUGUUCAAAAAAGAGAAUUACAAUUUUCAAUAGAAGUUUCGCAUACAAACUCUCACGAUAGUACAUCAGAUGGCAACUCUGAACAUAAUUCAUCCGGGGACGAAGACUCUCAAAUGCGGUUGCGCCUAAAAAGGAAGUUACAGCGCAAUCGGACAUCAUUUUCUAAUGAGCAAAUUGACAGUCUCGAAAAAGAAUUUGAAAGAACACAUUAUCCCGAUGUUUUUGCUCGAGAAAGGCUUGCUGAUAAAAUUGGUUUGCCAGAGGCACGUAUUCAGGUUUGGUUUUCAAACCGACGAGCUAAAUGGCGCCGAGAAGAAAAAAUGCGAACUCAGAGAAGAUCGGCCGAUACCGUGGACGGCAGUGGUCGACCCAGCACGGCAAAUAAUCCUUCAGGAACGACUGCGUCUUCCUCCGUCGCAACGUCAAACAACUCGACUCCAGGGAUUGUCAACUCAGCAAUCAACGUCGCGGAACGAGCAUCAUCUGCAUUAAUUAGUAAUAGCCUUCCUGAGGCUUCAAAUGGACCAACUGUUUUGGGUGGUGAAGCUAAUACUACACACACCAGCUCUGAAAGCCCACCACUUCAGCCAGCGGCACCGCGGCUACCCUUAAAUUCUGGAUUUAACACCAUGUACUCAUCUAUCCCACAACCGAUUGCAACGAUGGCUGAAAAUUACAACUCCUCAUUAGGAUCAAUGACCCCGUCAUGCUUACAACAACGCGAUGCCUAUCCUUACAUGUUUCACGAUCCGUUAUCACUAGGAUCUCCCUAUGUGUCAGCCCACCAUCGAAAUACAGCUUGCAACCCCUCAGCGGCGCAUCAACAGCCUCCUCAGCAUGGUGUUUAUACCAAUAGUUCUUCAAUGCCAUCAUCAAACACAGGUGUCAUUUCUGCGGGCGUUUCGGUGCCUGUCCAGAUUUCAACGCAAAAUGUAUCUGACCUAACGGGAAGCAAUUACUGGCCACGUCUUCAGUGAUCGUCAAUCUUUGGCUCACCAUUAGAUCAUUUGUCAAAGGCGACUGCCGCUGCAAUCAUUGCCGCACAAGCAGCUGAGAAAAGCCACAAUCACCGAAAAGAGCAUUCAAUUGUUAGUAUACACACCACAAAAAGUAAAAAAAACCCACCUAGUUUGAAGACACAGACAAUGUGCUGUUCAUCCAGAUAUUUAAACAUGACCGUCGGGGCGGGGAAGGAUGUAGAUGUUGUCAUAGGCCAAGGUCUUAUAGUGUCCUUAACACCACAUAUUUCAGGAAAGCCGGAGCUUUUUGGUAGUCCUAACUUGAACUACCAUCAGGACUUUCAAGUAAUUUAAAUAGGCUGAACCUUUUCGGUCUGAAACUUGUGAAUUGCACACUAGAUGUAUUUUAAAAGUCAAAUGAAAUGUUAAAUCUACAUUAAAAUUGAUGUUAUUUUUGAAUAAAAAUUAAAGAUUUGUAAACAAUUUUUCCUCAUCUUUCACAUCCUUUUUUAAGUUUCAAACAUUCCUGUUCUGCGAAGAUAAGUUAAAGUACUUUUUAUCUAAAGUAAUAUUUUAAUCUACAAUUCUACAGACCUUUUCACUGUUGAUAAGCACGCAAUCGGGAUAUUAGACUUUUACAGUUGCUUGGAAUUUUUUAAACCUUCACAAUUUUAUUUAUAUUUUGAACCAUUUUUUGAUAUAUUAAAUUUAACUUAUUCAUUUAAUAAUACUAUUUAUUAUUCGUCUUUAAGUAAACAAUGAUCAAUGCUCAUUCAUACUUUUGAAAAAACCAUUAACGAUGUGUGUCCUUUUUCCAGCCGACCGUAUUCCACAACUAUUAUAUACUUAUUACCAAACAUAGGGAAGUGCGUGGAAGACGGAUGAUAUAAAGCAAAGUGACUUUAUACAUCUAACACAUCUCUCAUACCCUUUUCCUCUACGAUUAAAUCCCCAAAUUGUUUUGUGCUAAUGUGCUAACCAUAGGACAUUUUGAAUUAAAAAUUACAUUUUUUAAGGUUCAAUACAAAUUACAAAAUGAUGCUAAUUAAACGUCUUAUAAACAUUUUGACGAAAUUAUUAAUUUGAAUUAUAUAGAGAAAUUUAAGUACAAGAACAUUAUCUACUGUACGUAUCUAUUAAAAGAUUAAAGUGUUUCUAAUUUGAUCGGUAUGAAAUAAAGUAAAACCAUUUAUUCAUUUGAUAAAAAAAGCGUAAACCUCAUAAAAAUAAAUAAAAAACACUUCGCGUAUACUGGUCAAUAUGUUUUAAAAAUUCUAUAUUUUAUUAGAAUAUAUUAAAAUUAUAAGUUAUAUGUACAUGAUUCUUUUAAAAAUGUAAGCUAUUAGUUAUUACUCCAUGUGUACACCGUUUGUAAAACAGAAACUUAUAACAACGUAAGAUUGAAUGAAGUGCAACGAACUUGACUACAAUGAAGGAAAUGAGCUAACAUCUCAUCCAAAUAAACACCAACCCCAACAAGCCUUCAGGUUUAUAUCAAUAAUAAUUAAACGUCGUAUAAUUAUAAUGUAUGGUUCAAAUUUAUAUUUAGAAUAAAUUAAUGUAACAUUUCAGAAUACA